CGGAAGUAGUCACCCCCGACCUCGGAAGUUCUCUCCCAUGCUCGCCUAACAGUUCCGGUGACUCUCCCGAAGUUUGUUUACGUUCCUGGCCGACGUAGCGGUUGGCUUCUCCAUCUCAGACUUCAAGAUGGGGAAGUCAUUCGCCAAUUUCAUGUGUAAAAAGGACUUCCAUCCUGCGUCCAAAUCCAACAUCAAGAAGGUAUGGAUGGCAGAACAGAAAAUAUCAUAUGAUAAAAAGAAACAAGAAGAAUUAAUGCAACAGUACCUUAAGGAGCAAGAGUCAUAUGAUAACAGAUUGCUUAUGGGAGAUGAGCGGGUAAAGAAUGGCCUGAAUUUCAUGUAUGAGGCCCCACCAGGAGUUAAAAAAGAAAACAAAGAGAAAGAAGAAACAGAAGGAGAGACAGAGUACAAGUUCGAAUGGCAGAAAGGAGCUCCGAGGGAAAAAUAUGCCAAAGAUGACAUGAACAUCAGAGAUCAGCCCUUUGGUAUUCAGGUUCGAAAUGUAAGGUGUAUUAAAUGUCACAAGUGGGGCCAUGUGAACACAGAUCGAGAGUGUCCCUUGUUUGGUCUUUCUGGGAUCAAUGCAAGUUCAGUUCCUACUGAUGGCUCAGGGCCGUCGAUGCACCCCUCGGAGCUAAUAGCGGAGAUGAGAAACAGUGGGUUUGCACUGAAACGAAAUGUACUGGGGAGAAACUUGACCACAAAUGAUCCAUCACAGGACUACGUCGCAAGUGACGGGGAGGAAGACCCUGAAGUAGAGUUCUUGAAGUCGCUCACCACCAAACAGAAGCAGAAGCUUCUCAGGAAAUUGGAUAGACUUGAAAAGAAAAAAAAGAAAAAGAAAAGUGAUAAGAAAAAGAAGAAGCUACAGAAGAGCAAAAAUAAACACAAAAAACGUAAAAACAAAUCUCCUUCCUCUUCCUCCUCUUCCUCCUCCUCUUCCUCCUCCUCCUCCUCCUCCUCCUCGUCUUCUUCGUCUUCCUCCUCGGAGACGUCAGAUAGCAGCAGUGAGAGUGACAACAAAGAAAAGAAAAGAGAGAAAGAGAAUUUCUACUACACGGUUCCUAAGGCCGAAAAGGGGGCGGGUAAUUCACCUUCCUUCCCUUCUCACUUCUCCUCACACUUAGCACCCCAGAGCCACACGGUGGACCUAAUAACUGUAGACAAGUGCGGACUGAGACGCGAUGGUCUGAUUGCAAUAGACCGAACUGCUACCGGCGACGGAAGACGUGGAAAACCUCUGGCCCUUGCGGCUUUCGGGGUGCCAAGGCCUUCGGAGUCGCUCCCAUCUCCACUUGACACACAAAACCCAAAGGGAGCAGAGGCCGAGGGAGCUUGA